ACAACACCAACGACAACAACCACCACACCAACAACUACAACCACCACACCAACUACAACCACCACACCAACUACAACCACAACACCAACAACUACAACUACAACACCAACAACACCGACAACAACUUCACCUACAACCCUUACAACUACAACCACCACACCAACGACACGAUCAACAACAACCUCGACACCGACAACUACAACCACCACACCAACAACUACAACCACCACACCAACUACAACGACUACAACUUCACCUACAACCCCUACAACAACAACCACAACACCGACAACUUCAACACCGACAACUACAACCACCACACCAACAACUACAACCACCACACCAACAACUACAACCACAACACCAACAACUACAACACCAACAACUACAACCACGACACCAACAACUACAACUACUACACCACAAACAACUACUACAACACCAACAACUACAACCACGACACCAACAACUACAACUUCUACACCAACGACAACAACCCCCACAACUACCACUUCAACAACUACAACCACCACUACCACACCCACUACUACACCAACAACUACACCAGGUCCAUCAACAACAAAUAGCAUUUCUCUAACAUCACCCACAUCCACGUUACCGACGGCCACCGCGUACCCGACCAGCGUGAUGACUACAGCCAAUCCGUACCCUCAUCCUCAACCUAUACAGGGCUUAACAACUACAACUAUUUAUUAUGCUAGUCAAGUAUUUUCUUCCACCGCCACUACCUACGAGGGACGUGUUAAACGUGCCCGUGUCCCCUAUCCUUUAGACGUAUCCUCCACCCCCACUGUUACUAUUCCUUCACCGGCUUCUCCCUCCGAAGUACCAGCGAUGUCCUACGGAACAAAAACUCCCCCCAAACCACAAAGCUUUGACCGUAAUCGCCAAAUCAAGCCUCAUCAAACAUCAGGUCCAUACGAUACUGGCGGUCGGAUUUCCAGUCCCGAAAAAUCAUUACCUAGAAUUAUUACAAAGAGAAAACAAACUGAUACCAAAGUGAAUGUUGAAGAUAAGGAGCAGGAGGACGAACAGCCUCAAGGUCAUGAUGAAAAACAUGUGGAGGAAGGGGAAGAGGGAACGGUGAAAGAGGAAGAGGUCGAGGAUCCGUUAGGAUUCAGUAUGAUGUCAAAGCUUAUGGAUCUUUCCGGAAUAGGGAUGUUUAUGCCUCAGAACAAUAAGGACCAACCAAGCACAAUGACCGAUAAACAUCAUUAAAGGAUCCCGUGACGACUUUGUUAUACCAAAUACAGGGUUCUAUCAGUCUCAGGCUGUUAAUGAACAUAAACGGUCACAUCAUUACCUCGAAUGUUUUCAUGAAUAAAUGACCUCAGGAUCUUUUUAUUAAUUUCCUCUGUUCUUGAAAAUUGAUUAUAUAAAGAAAAAACAUUACAUAACACACAACAUACAUGUAUUUGAUUAUAUUAUACAUAUUCAUAUGAUGUCCACUGUGAGUCACAUUGUCUUUAAUAACACUGUGAAACUGUACUUAUUCAUUGCAACAUUUCCCUCCAUAUUUGUUCUUGGUUAAUAUUAAAAGCAAAUAUUUAAGAAUGUUUGGAUGUAUAAUGUGCGCGUGGUUCGUGUGUUCGUGUUUCUGUGUACCUCAUUGAACAAAUUGUUCCCAGUACAAGAGCCGAAAGAGCUCAUCUACACCUGGCUUCAAAAAGACAUUUGUUUAAUUAAAGCUAAAAUUCA